UCCUACCGCCCGAUUCCGAUCACCCCGCAACCCUCACCGCUCAGAAAAAUCUCCUCCGUCACUGUUUGGGUCGCGCACGUCCCUCUAACCCUGUUCUGUCUGACUGACUGAGCUGAAUGAAGAUAUUUUAAAGGAGCUCGUGUCAGCGGAGAUGUUGGCAGGUGCGUUAGUUCUGGGCACCAUCCUUACAGCUUUACCAGGGAUCCAGAGCAGGUGGAGUGUGUCAUUUUCUAGGAGGGAGAUCUGUGUGUGGGCGGGAACAACUGUCACUCUGCCCUGCCGUUAUGACUACCCAUCAGGUCACACUGUGAAGCGGGUCAUGUGGUUCCGUGUGUCUGCAGACGGCCGAAGGGAGUUCACUCACCACACUGACCCCAACGAGAUCAGCCUGUCAUACCGUGGACGCACACGCUACAUCGGAGGCAGCUAUUCCAGCUGCUCGGUCCAGAUUCGGGUUGUGAAGCUGAGUGAUGCAGGCGAGUACCACUUCAGGUUUGAGACGGACCAACCGCUGGGCAGGUGGACCUCCCCGAACACCAUCAAACUUGAUGUAACAGACCUCCAGGUGCAGGUGCACCCAGCAAGACCCGCCAACAUGUUUGGCUUUGGGGAGACUGUGUUUGUAGGUUGUCAGGCCAGAGGAUGUGCUGCUCCAGGACGGAGCCUUGCACUGUACAGGAAUGGACUGAACCUCGGCUCCUAUGAGCAGUGGAUGAUCAUCAACCGCUUUGACCAGCAGCAUGCUGGAGCGUACACCUGUCGACCAAUCCCUCCACAGAAUGUCCAGUCACCAUCCCUCUCCCUGGCUCUGGGACACACUCCUCACUCCACGUCCAUAUCAGUGUUCCCAGCAGGGGAGGUGACAGAGGGAGGGUCGGUCACUCUGACCUGCAUUAGUGACGCAGCUCCGCCUGUAGAGAGCUUUGCAUGGUUCAAAGACAUGGACAGUGGCAGCAUCCCUGACAGUUUCAGGCCUCAGCUCCACCUGUCCCACCUUAGAUACACAGACAGAGGAGAGUACUUCUGUGUAGCUCGUAACUCACUGGGGACAGACCGCUCCAAACCCCUUCUACUCAAUGUCACUUACUCUCCAAAGAACACUCGCGUGCUGGUGAGUCCUCCAGGUGACAUCAGAGAAGGCUCCUCUGUGAACCUGAGCUGUGUCAGCCAAGCCAACCCUCCUGCCAACAGGUAUGCUUGGUAUCGUAUCCUUGGGGACCAAGUGUUGGCUAAAGGAACGUUCCAGAACCUGACGUUCCCCGCGGCGCGCGCUCACCACGCUGGUCAGUACUACUGUACAGCAUCGAGCCGGUUAGGAUACCAAACCUCCCCGGUUGCUACGCUCACUGUACUUUACCCUCCUAAGAACACCUCGGUUCUGGCUCGUCCCUCCAGCGUGGUGGAAGCCGGCCGACCUUUGACCUUGACCUGCAGCAGUCAGGCCAACCCAGCGGUGGAUAACUUCACGUGGCACCGCUUGACCCUGGACGGGGGCUCUGUACAAUCGUGGGGCACCAAGUCCGGCCCCGUCUUCACCUUCUCAGAGGUCGGCCCCGGAGAGAGCGGUCAGUACUACUGUGAGGCCAGGAAUCGAAUCGGAGCCCACAGCUCUCCUGUCCUCACUGUCCGAGUCAGAGGUCGCCUUAAGGUCAUCGCCUUGGCGUCAGCAGUAGGCGUGUCUGCUGGACUCAUCACUCUCACGGUGGCCAUCAUGAUCAGUAAGAACAUGCACAGAGUAGACAUGGAGUCAGGGGAAGUGGCAAAUAAGCGCCCAUCAGUGACAGCUGACACCAUGUUCUAUGAGUCAGCCCAGCAGACCUUUCCAGUGAGAAAGGGCAAGAUGUCCGACAUACCGGAGGAGCCAGAGGACUUGAGUGACAGCUCCCAUCCGGCCAUCGUUCCUCUGAAGGAUGCUCCACCAAUCACAGAGGUUGAAAGUCGCAGCCCUGCGCCCAACUACAUCUCCGUCCACUACUCCAAAUUAUCCAGUGCGGAGCAGGUGCAGGUCCACAGUCUGCCACUGGGCGGGGACAGAAAGCCGAAGGAUUCCCCCAAAGUUGUUUACACGUUACUGCAGCAGCCUCGCCACUGACCGGGAGGGGAAAGGGCGGAUCAGCCUGCCUCGCUCAACAUACAUUCACCCAGAGAGGACUGUGGGACGGGAAACGACUCCUUGUGAACUCUGUUGAUGCCUUACGCUGCUCUGGGUCUUUAGGGAUUCUUCCCCAUGAGGACGACACGUGGUCCUGGUCCUGGUCCUGAAUGCGAGUCCAGCUCCCAAACUGUGUUGCAUGUCUCUCUCUUUCUUUUUCUAUGCAUCUUGUGCUGCCUGAAGAAGCAGAACUGCUUCAAUUCAAAACAUUAAUAAGUAACACUGAUCGUCACGUUGGUUGUCGUUUUGCUUGCAUUCAUACCCACAGUACAGGCUCUAUCUACUGCUGCUUUUUAGUUGGUAGCUGACGUGUAAAUUCCCAACCAAGUUAAUGUAGAUGACACAAUAUGACUGGCUGCAUCAUUUGUAUCCUGACCACUGAUAGGUGACUAUUAUUUGUACAUAAACAUACAUUUCUCAAAUACAAAUUACAUAUUAGUGGAAAAACAUAUCGAGAAUUGUUUGGCAUCUAUAAAGAAUAUGCAGUGUUUGACACAUAUGAGUUUCACUGUAUUCCUCGAUCUUCUUAAUGGUUAACAGGUUUACCCAAGCAAGCAAUAAGGCAAAAUUACAUGAUGUGGUUUGUGUGUUUGUUACAUUAAGAAAAAUAAAACUCAAACUGUAACUUGAUUGAAUGUACUGUACUAUUAUAAGUGCAUGAGAGU